ACACAAUUGGAAUUCAAUUAGGUGGAGAGAGGAGUGAGGAAGCAUUUUUGAUAGGGAAGAAUCAUGUGGAAAGCCUGCUAGGCAACAGUGAUAGGUUGACUGGAGCAGAUGAUGCCUUCUGGGGUCCCUUCAUUGCUUCCUAGGGGAAUUGACUAUAUCAGAAGGUGGAGGUAAUAGAGGAAAUGGCAAUUGUUGGAAAGGGAAAUGCUAUGAUGAAGUUUGUAUUGGGGACAAAAAUAUGGCAUCUAUAAAGGGGUGGGUUGGAAGAGGUAAUAGCUGUAGACAUGUUGAGUAGUUGAGUAACUCAGUUGUGAGGUGAAAGCCAUGAAUCUGAUCCUAAGCCACUUCUGCUAAUCCUUCCUUAUUUUCUAACUUUUAUACUUAUUCCCAUCUCCUUUCCUCUUUUCCUUCAGUAACCCUCUCCAUCUCCCAGGUACACACUUCUAGAUGAAUUCUGCCCUCUCCUACUCAGAAGUGAACACUCCAGAUGUGGUGUGCUCAGGACAGAGUGGAGUCAGAAUAUCACUUCCCUUGUUCGGGACCCCAGGCCACUUUGUGCACCCUAAGGUCACAUUAGCUGGUUUGUUACUGUGUCUGGGUGGAAUAGAGAGCAAAACUCUCACCUGAAUUGUCCUAAAAUCACAUUAGGUGCUUUGUCUGUUGAAACUAACUAUUGACAUUUUGAUUUGAUGUUACACUCCAGUCCGUUAAAGCAUCAGGGUCUUUUUUAGUGAACUCUAGUAGGGGAGCCCCUCCUCCUUAAACUUGUAUUUGUGAUGUUUUGUGACCCAAGUGUAGGACUUUAUAUCCAACCGUGUGAGCUUAAGCUCCAUUAUAUUGAGCCCAGCGUUCUAGUCUGUCAGGACAUUUUGUCAUCCUAACCCCAUAUUCCAUAGUAUUAGGCAGUCUUCCCAGUUUUUGGUCAUCCACACAUUUGAUAAACCUGCCAUUUGUGCCUUCUUCCAAGUCACUGAUUAAAAUGUUAAAUUCAGAGCCAAGGAUAGUUCCUUUGGGCAACUUCUGUCCAAGCUGACAUCUGGAUAAUAAUGACUCCUCAUUGGGUCCUGUCAUGCUACCAGUACAGUGUCUACCUUAAUUUUCUGUUGUCUGCCAGUACCUCUUCUUGUUCAUAAAAAUAGCUUAAGAAUAACAUGAAUCACCGCUUAUUAGUGGUCCAUAUUUAUCCUGGAAUCAACUAAAAACCCUAGGCUUUUUGAACCAAUACUCAACCAUGUCUCUACAAUCCUACAUUUGUGUAAUCAAUGUCUUGAGCACAGGAAUUUGCAUUUAUCUUUAUUAAAUAACAAAUUGUUUUUUCUAGCCAAUAUUUCCAUCUCCUUGGGUUUUUUUUAAUCCUAAUUCAUUUGUCUAAUAUUACUAGUUAUCUCACAUAUCUUCAUAUCAGCAAUGUUGGUGAGAAUACUCUCUAAAGUUUUUUAUAAAACUGUUAAAUGGGGAUAAGGUGAAGAAACUACCUUUACCAAUGAAUGUUGGCCCCUUCUCUACUCCUCCUAGGCUGAGAGAGUUUCCUGGAACACUGAGGUUAAAUGACUUGCCUAGAUAAUGUAUGCCAUAGGGGAAAUUGAAGCUAGGGCUUUCAGGUUCUCUAACCACCAAGAUAGGAUGCCUCACUUUGUGUAAAUGAGAAUGCGGUCGGUUAUUUCAUCAAAAAUGGUGAAUGGAGCAAGGCCCUAUCCAUAGAUCUAAGGCAUAAAACUAGAGAAUAUAUUGCAGGUUUACAACAGCUCUAUGUGCAAGACUUGGGGAAAGAUUAUUUGAACAUUUCCAAAUUCUCACUGAGUUGUAUUUUCAUCUAACCCACAUUUGUUUAAUCUAAUCAUCAAAGGCAUCUUGAGAUGAGUUUUUCCAAACAGGUUGCUGAAAUCUAGCUAUUUUGAUGCCUGCAGUAACACCUCAUCCACUGGCCCACACAUCUUAUAAAUAACAGAUAUGUUGUUGGUUUGCAUAAUCUCUUCUAAUUUAUAUGACAAUGUAGGAAUCAACACUUUUUUUUUCUAAAUGAUUACAAAUCAUUGGUUUGAUAGGUUUACCCCUGGAUUUUGCAACUUACUGGUCAUUAGUUUCUAAAAUCAAACUGUUUCUUCUUUCUGAGAAUGGAGAGAGAUUCAUAAAGGAAGGUUCCUUGGAUUCCACAGUGGGAAAAAUUUGGGAUUGUGUUAUCGGGUUAGAUUGGCAGAAGGGAAACCAAGAGGUGUAGUCUUGAGAGGUAUCAAUCACUGGAUUAACUCCUGAGCAACUAGUUGCACUGUUACUAUUUCCUUGACCACAUUAGGCUUAAAUUUCCUGCUAACGAUGAUUAUUCUACUUUUUCCUCAUUAGUUAUCAUUGUCCUUUAAAUAAAAGACACAAUCUAGAAUAUAAUGCAUUGAUCAGAGUUCUUAAAGUUCCAAGCAUAGGGGGAAAAUGGAUAUUGACAUGUUUUUGUUGUUUUCAGAUUCUCUUAGUCAGAAGACAAGAUGUGAAACCAAGGAGACAACUGGGAAGCAGGAUAUUUUUGUGGGAGAACCAUUUAAAGAGAGAUUCAUAAAGGAAGGGCCCUGGCAUUCCACAUCGGGAGAAACUUGGGGUUGUGGUGACAGGUUAGAUAGGCAGAAAGGAAACCAAGAAACACAGUCUCAAGAAGUAACAACCCCUAAGGAAUCUGUUCGUAAAUAUAAUAUGUUUGGGAGAAAGCUCAAUCUAGGGUCAGUUGUUAUUCCCCAACAGAGAGUUCAUAUAGGAGAAAGUCUUCCUAAAUACAGUACUCUUGGAAGGAGUUUAAAGCAGUUUUUUGACCCACUUAAAUCUAAGAGAAUAUCCAUUGGGAAGAAACUCAAGUAUAAGAAAUGCAGGAAACCCUUCAGUUACCAGUCAGACCUUAUUCGUUAUCAUAGAACCCAUCCUCAAGGGAAACCCCAUAAAUGUAAUGAAUGUAACAAAUCUUUCAGCAAGAAAGGAAGCCUUAAUACACAUAAACUAAUUCAUACUGGAGAGAAACGAUUUGAAUGUAGUACCUGUGGGAGAGGCUUCAGAUACCAUUCAUCCCUUAAGCAACAUGAAAUAAUUCAUACUGGUGAGAAACCCUAUAAAUGCAGUGAAUGUGGGAAAGGUUUUAGUCAGAGAGGCAUCCUUAAGACACAUAAAAUCAGUCAUACUAGAGAAAACCACUUGGAAUGUAAUGUAUGUGGGAAAGGCUUCAGAUAUCGUGCAUCCCUUAGGGUACAUAAGAAAAUUCACACUGGAGAGAAACCACAUAUAUGUAAUGAAUGUGGGAAAGCCUUCAGCCUGAAAGGAAACCUUAGAACUCAUAAGAGAUUUCAUACAGGUGAGAUGCCUUUUGAAUGUAAUGAAUGUGGGAAAGCCUUCAUCUUGAGAAGAGAUCUCAACAAACACAAGAGAAUUCAUACUGGUGAGAAACCCUAUAUAUGUAAUGAAUGUGGGAAAGCCUUCAGGUGGAAUGGAAGUCUUAAAUCACAUAAGAGAAUUCAUACUGGAGAGAAACCCUAUGUAUGUAAUGAAUGUGGGAAAGCAUUCACCAAUUAUCAAAGCCUAACUCAUCAUCAAAUAUUUCAUACAGGAGAGAAAACCUUUCAGUGUAGUGAAUGUGAGAAAGCUUUCACCCAGAGAGCCAAUCUUAAUCGACAUAAGAGAAUUCAUACUGGAGAGAAACCCUAUAUAUGUAAUGAAUGUGGGAAGGCCUUUAUUGUGAUGGGAAACCUUAAAAGACAUAUGAGAAUUCAUACAGGAGAGAAACCUUAUAAAUGUAAUAAAUGUGGAAAAGCAUUUGCCAAUCAUCAAAGCCUAAUUCAUCAUCAAAUAUUUCAUACAGGAGAGAAAACUUUUCAAUGUAAUGAAUGUGAAAAAGCCUUCACCACAAAGGGAAACCUUAAUAUACAUAAAAGAGUUCAUACUGGAGAGAAACCCUAUGUAUGUAAUGAAUGUGGUAAGUCAUUUAAUGUGAAGAGAACUCUGACCAUGCAUAAAGUAACUCAUACUGGGGAGAAACCCUUUGAAUGUAAUGAAUGUGGGAAAGCUUUCAGCCAGAAAGGAAGUCUUAAAAGACAUAAGAGAAUUCAUACUGGAGAAAAACCCUAUAAAUGUAAUGAAUGUGAAAAAGCUUUUACCAAUCAACAAAGUUUAACUUACCAUCAAGUCUGUCAUACCAGGGAGAGACCCUUUCAGUGUAAUGAAUGUGGGAAAACCUUCAUCCAGAAAGGAAAACUUAAUAGACAUUCAAUAACUCAUAAGGGAAUGAAACUGUACAUCUGUAAUGAAUGUGGAAAAGCCUUUAACCAGAUGGGAAAUCUUAAUACACAUAAAAUAACUCAUACUGGUGAGAAACAAUUUGAAUUACUUAAUUCUAGGAAGCCAUAAAAUACAUAGAAGAAUCCAUACUGGAAAGAAUCCAUAUAAAUAAAUGAAUGUGAAAGCCUUCAAGUAUCAAAGCCUAAAUUAUCAAUAUUUCAUACUGAUGAGAAAGUAUUUCCCUAUAAUGAAUGUUGGAAAGCUUUCAACUGGAAGGAAACCAUUAAUUCAUGGAAGAGAAUUCACUCAGGGAGGUGCCUUUUCUAUUUAAUUAAUAUGGGAAAACUGACAAAAAUUCAAGGCCCAAUUCAUUUUAUAUUCAUGGGAAACCAUUCCAGUGUGAUGAAUAUGCUUAAAGAACAUCGGAAUUCUUCGUGGAGACAAAUGUCCAAACUUUAUUGUACGUAGUGAAAUUCAUAGUAGAUACACCCACCCACCCCCCAACUUUGAAUAUAAACAAUGUAGGAAAAUAUUCAGGUCCAGCCCGUGUCAAAUAAUUUGUAUUGGAGUAAAAUCCACUUAAAUUUAUGGAAACUUGGAGCCUUUAGGAAAAGUACAUAACUCUACAUCUAUCGAUAUUGCUUGGGCACUCAUCCGUAAAUGCAUUCAGAUUCAUUCAAAGCCAAUCCCUUUCCAGGUAACCUCAGCGUGAGUCAAAUGAGUGGUUGAUAAGGAGGGAGCAGAGUUAUGAGAGCCUAACAUACCUUCUAAGGAAACUAUACAGAGAGGCAGGGAGAAAGCCAAGAUGAAUUGAUAUAGAAGAUGGAUUAAUGUACUCUACUUGUACCUCGAGAGAUGAAUAAGAGUAGAAAUUGUAAAGAGGCAGUUUUCAGUUCAUUAUAAGUAAGAAGCCCUGGAAAGCUUGGAAUAACUGGAAAGCAGCAAUUAGGCAUAAUAAUAAAAGACAGGGUUGUGGAACCUACAUUUUUCAACUAGGUCUUGUUUUAGCCCUCAGUUUCAGUUGGAUGCUACUCAUAGAGUAUCUUAGAUGGGCCUAAAGCCCCAGCCUACAUGUAACUUCCAUGGGAAUUUAAGAGCCACUGUCUAAGAUAAUACUUUUUGAGGACACAGAUUGAUCAUCAGUAAUGGGAGUUAUGAGGAAUGAUCUAACCCAAAGUCAGAUAGUAGUGAGUACCAUGGGCUUUUUUGAAUACCGUGGGGCAUUUUGUUGGCUUUUGUUAGUUUCCCAGAUGAGUAUCGUGUAUAUAAUACGUCCAGGCUGUGAACUGAAAGUAUGAGUUUGCCCUUUGUAAGUUAAGGCCUUCUAAACACUGCACUUAAGAACAGAAAGCAGAACGUUAGCCCUUAAUGCCAGAAGCCCUGCACAGUAUAGCUCAGUGACCAUAAAGUCAUCAGAGGCAAAACAAUGGAAUUGGAAUGUGGCAAUUACCAGAAGAUGUCAGCAUUUCUGCAAUAUGGAGGUGCAUUGCCCUGGUCAUACAUGUGCCAGGGCUACGUCAGUACCUGAUUUGUUUGCCUUAAUAUGUGUUCUUUUGUGUGUGUGUCUUCUGUUUGUUUUCCCAGCUCAUGUGAGUGCUCUGUGAAUAUUCUUUUCAAAUGAUAUUAUAACCUGUGGAAUAUAUGCCCCAUGUGUUUGGGGCGGGGGUUGGGGGGGAGCACCUGUGUAUUUUGUUACUUUAUUUGCUAUGCUGUUUGAUUAAAUACCUUUUGUUUUGAA